UGGGUCACAGCUAUUGGCUUGUGAAGCGCUAGGUUUUAAGGACGCACGCCCACCCGCGCUUAGAACCAGAGAAGAAUAGACCGCAGUGAGCUCACACUGAAUAACAUUGGCACACAGCGCGCCAUCAGCCAUGACUUUCAAGUUGUGAUGGCAGUAUCCCUGAGAGGCAACGGCAACGGCAACAGUGGCUUGUUACUUCGUCUCAAAGCCCUAAUUAACUUACAGAUGUUUAAUGGGCAAAGGUUCAACCACACGUCAGCCGAAGAGGGAUUGCAAGCUAAAUUCUACCCAGAGACGGGUUCUGAUUCUGUGGCUCCUCGAGGAAGCCACAUUGACAUGUCGAAGUGGAAAAAGUUAGAUUCGAGGAAGUUUGGGAUAGACCGUUCAAUGAUUCCGCUACCCUCUUGGACUGUGUUGAAAGUUCUUAGGAGUGGAGGGUUUGAAGCCUAUCUAGUAGGAGGAUGUGUGAGAGAUUUACUCCUAAAUAAGAUACCAAAAGAUUUUGAUGUGAUCACCACAGCUCAACUUACGCAGAUCAAGAAGCAGUUUCAUCGUUCUAUGAUUGUUGGACGACGAUUUCCUAUAUGCAGGGUGCAUAUCAAAGGGUCUGUAAUUGAGGUAUCUAGUUUUGAUACAGUGGCAAAACAUACUGAAGAAAAAGAAAAAGAAAAAGAUGUUAUUUCCUUACAAAUGCCAAGAGGCUGUGAUGAGAAAGACUUCAUCCGUUGGAGAAACUCCUUAGGUCGAGACUUCACUGUCAAUAGCUUAUUCUUUGACCCUUUUGUCAAUAAAAUAUAUGAUUACACAAAUGGAAUGGCGGACUUAAGAUCCUUGAAGCUGCGAACAUUGAUCCCUGCUCAUUUGUCAUUCGAAGAGGAUUGUGCAAGAAUUUUGCGUGGCUUAAGAAUUGCAGCUCGUUUGGGCUUAUCAUUAUCAAAGGACACAGCGGAUGCAAUGCAUAACCUUUAUUCUUCUGUUCAGGGUUUAGCCAAGGACAGGAUAAUGUUGGAGUUGAACUAUAUGCUGUCUUAUGGAGCUGCUGAACCUUCUCUCUGCUUGCUUCAGAGAUUUAACCUGCUUAAAGUCAUCCUUCCAUUUCAGGCAGCAUACCUUAAAGAGGCUAAGGAAUCUGUUAAGAGUUCCAUUAUGUUGAUGAGAUUAUUCUUCCAUUUGGAUAAAUUGGUUACUUGUGAUCGGCCUUCUAGUUGCAUUCUGUGGAUUGGAUUGUUGGCUUUUCACUUGGCAUUAGUAAACAACCCUCAAGAGGCUCUUGUGAUUUGGGCAUUUGCUUCUACUCUGUACUAUGGAAACCGGGAGAAAGGUGUUAAAUUUGCUAAAGAACAUGCUCAAAUGCAUGUUAAUUUUGUACCGGAGAUCUCAGGGUCUUCUGAUUUUAAAUCAGAUGAAGAAAUUGCUGAAGGAGUUACUCUGUUAGCAUCUUUGGUGCAGGAUUCCAUAGAUGCGUUGACCAAUAGAGAUAGUCUUUUCGAAUCGUUGCGCAGAUACCCAACUUCUCCAUGCUCUGGUUUUGUAUUUAUUUCGAAGACAAAGGGGGAUGAUGUUGCUGAAAUUUUCCGAGUGCUCUUGAAAGAUAUUGAGUCCUAUAAUAGUGGAAAAAAUAAUUUCGAGAUUGAUUACCAAAAGCUUGGGAAGGGAUACGUGAACGAGACACGAUUUGUUCUUGGGAAGAUUAUUUUGGAAACUAUGAGUAGUGGUGUUGUUAAAGGAGGAAUUGAGGUUGUCAAGGUGGAGAAAACUCAGCUGCAGCCAGAUGUCAAUGAGGAGAGUUGUCAUCUGUCCCUUUCAGAUCUCAUGAAGCAUCAAGUGUUGAAAGAUAGAAAACAUGAACGUGGCCUAUCAACAUCUAAUCCUGAACUAAAGAAUGAGAUGGUGAAGAAACGGAAGUUUGUUGAGAAGAAAAGUAGUCUCUCCAAGCCGGAGGUGGCUAUAAUGAACCCAGAGAAAGUUGAGAUAGUGGAGUACCAGGAGAUGGGUAAGAAGCACCAGAAAAUAAUUGAGACAUGUCAAUCACCCCUGGAAGAAACAAAUAUGAAGCAGGGAAACGUGUUAGACGAUCAAACUUGCCAUUUACAGGAGCAUGAGGUUACUAUUGAAAUGCAAGAGGAUGUUGAGAACGAUAAGUGCAAGGCUAAUAGUAAGAGGCAUUUGAAGGUUGUAGAGAAGGGGGAGCGCCUGCUCUCACAGGAUAAGGUAACUAAGAAGCCUAAAGUAGUUGGCAGGAGUAAGAUCAAGCAGAAAAAGGUGCUAGAGAAGAAACAGUUACAGUUCGCACCUCCGAUGGUGGUCAGGGAAAAACAAGAUGAAGUAGUGGUUAAGGAGAAAGGCAGUCGACCUCUAUUGUCAAGCUUCUUCAAGUAAAUUCGUCAUUGUAAAAUCUCAACAAUUUUGGACAGGUGUAUGGAAACAUGCUUCUCAUUUACUUUUUAAGGUUAUAAUCAUCAGAACUUUCAACUUUGUUUGGACGGAUUAACAAUUUUGAAAUUAUGAGUAGUAUCAACACUUGGUUUUGGGUA